UCCUUGCCGAAAUGGAUCCGUGAGUCAGCCAAGGGGUGUUAAUCAGUAACCAGCACGGGUGGUCUGCUUUAAAGUCAGAGGGGCAGAACAGCUGCAGCUUCAUUCAGCGGCAGCCUGCGCACGCACGAAUUCCGAAGUCGACCACAAACAAAAUGCAAAGUCUCCGCCCGCCUCUCGUGGUCCUGCUGCUGUGGUGCUGCGUCCCCGGGGGCCGGGGCAACCGCGUCUACAUCCACCCCUUCCACCUCUUCGCCGCCGACAACGUCAGUUGCGAGACCCUGCAGACCCAGCCGGCCCAGCGCCUGCAGACCCUUCCCGUGGAGCGCCUGGACAUGGCGGUCCUGACCCCGGACCCCCGGAAUGCUUCGGGGGAGGACACUCAAAAGCAGAACGUCACGCAGAGGACGGCGGUGCUGGCCGAGCUCCUGAACUCGUUGGGAUUGAGGAUGUACCAGGCGCUCAGCAGCAAACGACCGGGCGCCAACACGCUGCUGUCUCCCGUCAACACGUACGGAUCCCUGGUCACCUUCUACCUGGGGGCCUCCAAGAAGACGGCCAGCUCCUUCCAGCUUCUCCUGGGCCUGAGCAGUGGCACCGACCGAGACGACUGCGUGUCGCUGGUGGACGGCCACAAGGUCCUGAAGACCCUGCACAGCAUCAACUCCCUGGUGGACGACGCACCCAAAGACGAGAUCACCACCAAAGUGUGGCUCUUCACGCUGCCGCACGUUUACUUGUCCGCCGACGUUGUUCAAGGCACCCGGGACUUCUCGGACUCGUCCUUCAUCCGCGGCGCGGACUUCGCCCAGCCCGAACUCAUAAACACUUUUGUGGACAAGACGUCUGACGGGAAAGUGAAAGAUGCCUUCCAAGACGUGGACGCCGACUCCAACCUUCUCUUUGUUUCGUUCUUCAACUUCCGAGGCAACUGGAAGACGGCCUUCCGACCGGACAAGACGUCUUUGCAAGAGUUUUAUGUGGACGAAACCACCACAGUGAUGACUCCAAUGAUGACCCACACGGGCUUGUAUCACUACUUGAAUGAUAAGGCGAGGAAGUGCACGGUGGUGAAACUGUCGCUCAGUCAGCGCUCCUACAUGUUGUUGGUGCUGCCACACGAGGGCGCCAAACUACACGACAUUGAAGCCAAACUGCGCACUGAGGUCAUGUCAUCGUGGAGCAACAGCCUCCAGGAGGGGUUGCUGGAGCUGUCGCUGCCAAAGUUCUCACUGUCUCGUGCCAACGACCUCCGCGAACUGUUGCGCAACAUGGAUGCGGAAGUGGAGGACAAACUGUUGGGCUCGCAGGCCCAAUUCAGCCAACUGGCCAACACUGACCGGUUCACCAUUAACAAGGCGGUCAACAAAGUGUCGCUGGAGAUGUCGGAGGAAGGCGCAGCGGCCCAGGACAAGGCGCAGGAGACGGGCGUGGCCCUCAAGGUGGCGCUCAACCGGCCCUUCUUCUUCUCGGUGGUGGAGGGAGAGUCCAGCGCCAUCCUCUUGCUGGGCAAAAUCACCAACCCCACCCUGUGAAACGCACCAGAUCAAGCAGCCGCAGCGGCGGCAGGAUUGAUGAAAACGAAGACUUCUUUUCUCCCUCCCUUUUUAACUUCAAUCUUUUUGUCUUUUAUAUCACAGCAAAUUGCUGGACAGUAUUUUGCGGUCGGGUUCUUCCACUUCCUUGUAUAGUCUAACUAAAAAUUGUAUUUUUAUUUGAUGGACACAAUAAAAUGUCUGUUCCCUCAAC